AUGGCGAGGAAGCUCAGUGUAUUGGAAGUCCUCCUGAUCAUUUUCAAUGUGAUUGUACUGGCAGUAGAUAUCCUUUUGUUGCUUCUUGUGCUAGAGAAUACAAAUGACUGUUCAUUUACUCCUGAAUGCCCAGACAUCUCUGAAUCAGAAAGGAUAGACUGCGCACCUGGCCAAGUGGUGACAGAGGAUGCCUGUCGAUGGCAGCAUAAAUGCUGCUGGAAGUCAGUGGCUGACCCAAAAGUCCCUGCAUGCUUCUUCCCUAGGAACUGGGGUUAUGAAGUCACCAGUAUCCUUAAAAAUGAAAGCACAGGGUUAAUUGCUAAGUUGAAGAAAUUGUCAUCUCCAUCUCUUUUUGGAAAUGAUAUUUCUGAUGCCUUGUUGACAGCUGAAUACCAGACAUCCAAUCGUUUUCAUUUUAAGAUCACUGAUUUCAAUGGGAUACGGUAUGAAGUCCCCUAUGAAAACAUCAACCUCAUGAAUGGGACUGCUGGGAAGUCCAGUUUGAACUAUGACAUAGAGGUCAUCAAUGAACCCUUCAGCAUUCGAGUACUGAGGAAGAGCAACCAAAGAGUAUUGUUGGACACUGGCAUUGGGCCCCUCCAAUUUGACGAGCAAUACCUGCAGCUCUCUUUCCGACUGCCCAGUUCUAAUGUAUAUGGACUUGGGGAACAUGUGCAUCAGCAAUACCUCCACAACAUGAGCUGGAAGACCUGGCCCAUCUUCACCAGAGAUACUGCUCCCACCGAGGGCAUGAUUAAUCUGUAUGGAGCACACACGUUCUUCUUGUGCCUGGAAGAUACCAGUGGGGCUUCUUUUGGAGUUUUUCUGAUGAACAGCAAUGCUAUGGAGGCCACACUUCAGCCUGCUCCUGCCAUUACUUACCGCACAACUGGGGGGAUUUUUGACUUUUACAUCUUCUUGGGAAACACACCAGAGCAAGUCGUUCAGGAGUACCUGGAGGUUGUUGGUCGCCCUUUCUUGCCUUCCUAUUGGAGCCUUGGUUUUCAGCUCAGCCGCAGGGAUUAUGGAGGCAUUGAUGGGCUGAGACAGGUUGUCCAGCGAACACGUGAUGCUAAGAUUCCAUACGAUGUGCAAUACUCGGACAUAGACUACAUGGAUGGAAAGAAAGAUUUCACUAUUGAUGAACAAGCUUACCCCAAUCUCUCAGAUUUUGUUAAGGACCUACAUAAUAAUGGACAGAAAUAUGUAAUUAUUCUGAAUCCUGGCAUCGUCAACAAUGAUAAUGACUAUGAGCCCUACAGGAAUGGAAGCAAGGACAGAGUAUGGAUCAUGAGCUCCAGUGGCUUUGCUGUUGGGGAGGGUUAUGCAGGAAAGUCAGUCUUUCCCGACUUUACCAACCCAGCCUCUCUUCCAUGGUGGACCCAGCAGGUCGAUGAAUUUCAUAACCGUCUGGAGUUUGAUGGUGUGUGGAUUGAAAUGGAUGAACUAGCCAUACUUCUCCAAGGCUCCAAUGAUUACGUGUGCGAGUCAAACAACCUGAACUCUCCUCCAUUCACUCCCAGCGUCCUGAAUGGAUCCCUGUUGGUAGGAACCCUCUGCAUGGACACAGAAUUUUACUCAGGCCUUCACUAUGAUGUCCAUAGCCUGUAUGGCUACACCAUGGCAAGAGCCACAAACUUGGCCCUGGAGUCUGUCUUCUCUUCCAAGAGGAGCUUUGUCUUAUCAAGGUCUACUUUUGCUGGGUCUGGCAAGUUUGCUGCUCAUUGGCUAGGAAACAAUGCAGCCACCUGGGAUGACCUCAGAUGGUCUAUCCCCAGCAUCCUUGAGUUUAAUCUGUUUGGCAUCCCCCUGGUUGGAGCCAAUAUCUGUGGUUAUAAAAACAAUGUCACAGAAGAACUCUGCACAAGGUGGAUGCAACUUGGAGCAUUUUACCCACUAUCCAGAAAUCACAACGGUCCUGCAUACAGGGAUCAGGACCCUGCAGCCUUUGGCCCCAACUCUCUGCUAUUGCAAUCAUCAAGACAUUAUUUGAACAUUCGCUAUACCUUACUGCCCUAUCUCUACACCCUCUUCUACCGAGCUCACACACUGGGAGAGACGGUAGCAAGACCCCUGGUACAUGAAUUCUAUCAAGACCCAGCAACAUGGGCUGUGCAUGAGCAGUUCUUAUGGGGGCCUGGACUCCUCAUCACACCUGUGUUGUAUGAAGGCAAGGACCAAGUUAAAGCCUAUAUCCCAGAUGACAUCUGGUAUGACUAUGAGACGGGACUGGCUAUCCAAGCAAGGAAACAAUUUAUAGACAUGACAUUACCAGGUGACAGGAUAGGACUUCACCUUCGAGGUGGCUACAUAUUUCCUACCCAGGAGCCAAACAUAACCACAGAAGCCAGCCGGAAGAAUCCCUUGGGACUCACCAUUGCCUUGGAUUAUAAGCGAGAAGCAAAGGGUCAUCUGUACUGGGAUGAUGGUGUGUCUAAAGGAACAGUGUCUGAAAAAAAGUACAUUCUCUAUGAUUUCUCUGUUACAUCUAAUCGUUUACAGGCAAAAAUUAUAAAUAAUAAUUAUGUGGAUCCCAAUGACAUCAUGUUCACAUACAUCAAAAUCUUGGGGAUGGACAAAGAACCAACUAAUAUUUUAUUGAAUAACAGUAACAUCUCCAUUUCAAGCUGGGACUACAGUGCUUCAGCAAAGGUAUUGAUCAUUAAUGACCUCACAGAACUGAAACUGGGACAAGAAUUCUCCAUUGAGUGGAAUCUUGUAGUCAGUGACCUGGAGAAGUUUAACUGCUUCCCUGAGGAUCCUGCAGUGUCAGAGGAAAGCUGCAGGCAGCGGGGGUGCCUCUGGGAGCAAACAACUACUCCUGGAGUGCCUACGUGUUUCUAUGACACCAUUCCCCAGUAUGCUGCCAGUAACAUUCAGUACCAGCCCACAGGCAUCUCCAUGGACUUGACUCUCCUGGAAAACUCAACAUCAGCCCGGGCAGCAGCAGCUCCAAGAGUUGUCUCUGAUCCUCUUUCUGGAAAGAUCAACUUUCUUAAACUGAAUGUGACAUACCAUACAGAAAAUAUGCUACAGGUCAAGAUUUACAGUGCUAGUAAUAAUAGGUAUGAGGUCCCAGUACCCCUGAACAUCCCAUCUUCACCACUUGGCUCCUCUGAGAACUGCCUGUAUGAUGUAACUGUUCAGACCAACCCAUUUGGACUCCAAAUUCGACGUAAAAGCUCCGGUACUAUGAUCUGGGAUUCUCAACUCCCUGGCUUCACCUUCAGUGAGAUGUUCCUUUCCAUUUCAACUCGUCUUCCCUCUCAGUACAUCUAUGGCUUUGGGGAAACAGACCAUUCAUCUUUCAGAAAAAAUAUGAGUUGGAACACAUGGGGAAUGUUUUCUCGGGAUGAGCCACCAUCGUAUAAGAAAAAUUCCUAUGGUGUUCACCCUUAUUAUAUGGCAUUGGAAGAUGAUGGUAAUGCCCAUGGAGUACUCCUGUUGAACAGCAAUGCCAUGGAUGUGACACUCCAGCCCACCCCUGCCUUGACAUACCGCACCAUAGGAGGGAUUCUGGACUUCUAUAUGGUUUUGGGGCCAACACCUGAACUUGUAACUCAACAAUAUACCCAGUUGAUUGGUCUACCAGCCAUGACUCCAUACUGGGCCUUAGGUUUCCAACUGAGUCGCUAUGGAUACGAGAGUGCUGCUGAAAUUAGCAGUUUGUAUUCCGAAAUGGUUGCAGCAAAUAUUCCUUAUGAUGUCCAGCAUGUAGACAUUGAUUACAUGGACAGAAAGUUGGACUUCACCCUCAGCCCCAGCUUUCAAACUCUCAGCGUUCUGAUUAAUCAAAUGAAGACACAUGGCAUGAGAUUCAUUCUCAUUCUGGAUCCAGCCAUUUCUGGUAAUGAGACACAAUAUCUCACAUUCAUUCGAGGACAGGAAGACAAUGUGUUUAUCAAAUGGCCCAAUUCCAAUGACAUUGUCUGGGGAAAGGUGUGGGCAGAGUUGCCCAACGUUAAUGUGGAUGCAUCCCUUGACCAUGAGACUCAAGUUAAGCUAUACAGGGCCUAUGUUGCUUUUCCUGACUUCCUGCGUACCAGCACAGCUGCAUGGUGGAAGAAUGAGAUAAAAGAGCUCUAUUCAAAUUCUCUGGAACCACAGAAUAGUCUGAAGUUUGAUGGUCUGUGGAUUGAUAUGAAUGAGCCUUCAAACUUCGUGGAUGGAGCUGUCGGGGGCUGCCGCAGUGAAAUUCUCAAUAAACCACCCUACAUGCCAGAUUUGGAAGGCAGGAACGUGGGCCUGAACAGCAAGACUCUAUGCAUGGAGAGCGAGCAGAUCCUUCCAGAUGGCUCCCGGGUGCAACACUAUGAUGUGCACAGCCUAUACGGGUGGUCCCAGACCAGACCCACCUACGAAGCUGUGCAGGAGGUGACAGGAGAGAGAGGGAUCGUCAUCACCCGCUCCACAUUCCCCUCUUCUGGACGCUGGGGAGGACAUUGGCUCGGAGACAACACAGCUGCCUGGGACCAGCUGGGGAAAUCCAUCAUCGGGAUGAUGGAGUUCAGUCUCUUUGGAAUACCUUAUACAGGAGCAAAUAUUUGUGGGUUCUUUGGAGAUGCUGAAUAUGAGAUGUGUAUCCGCUGGAUGCAGCUGGGAGCCUUUUAUCCUUUCUCCAGGAACCACAACACGGCUGGGACUAGGAGACAAGACCCCAAGGCCUGGAAUUCAACUUUUGAAGAGUACUCAAGAAAAGUGUUGAGGAUCAGAUACUCCCUGCUGCCAUAUCUGUAUACUCUGAUGCACAAAGCUCACACAGAGGGCAGCACUGUCAUCCGGCCACUUCUUCAUGAGUUCACGGAAGACAAUACAACAUGGGAUGUAGACCAACAGUUCAUGCUGGGCCCAGCCCUCCUGAUCAGUCCUGUUCUGGCCAGUAAUGCCUUUGAGGUCUAUGCUUAUUUCCCCAGAGCCCGUUGGUAUGACUACAGCACGGGAUCUGGCAGCAAUUCAACAGGUGAGUGGAAAACACUGCCAGCUCCUCUCGACCACAUCAACCUUCACAUUAGAGGAGGCUACAUCCUGCCUUCACAAGAGCCUGGAUUGAACACUUACCACAGUCGACAAAAUUUUAUGGGAUUGACUGUUGCUUUGGAUAAUGAUGGGAAGGCUGAAGGGCAGCUGUUUUGGGAUGAUGGACAAAGCAUUGAUACAUAUGAAAAAGGAAACUAUUUCUUGGCCACCUUUACAGCAGAAAAGAACACCUUGCAAAUCCAGAUCCUACAUAACCAGUAUCUGAGUGACACAAAUCCACUGAAAAUUGGAUACAUUGAAAUCUGGGGUUUAAACUAUAAUUAUGUGGUACAAGUCAUUUGUACCUACAGCAACCAGAAAUUCAACCAGAAUAAUUUCACAAGUGAGCCCAGCAAUCAGAAACUAACAAUUGGAUUGACUGGAAAGAAUAUGACCUUAGAAAAGCUGACUGAGGUUACUUGGGUUUAUGGAGAUCCUAUACCUCCCACACCAAAUGCAACUGUUGUAUUGCCCACAAGCCCUCAUCCAUCUGAAUCUAGCACUGAAACUGUGACCAGUUCUGCUUCUACAAGUCCUACUAGUAACACUAGUGAUGUGAUACCUGUACCAAGCACAACCCCUGAGACAAGUACUCUUGUCAGUACAACUAAUACCACAUUUCCUGACAUAACUACACCUUUCCCUACAAUUUCUCCUACUACUAACACAAGUGAUGUGAUGCCUGUACCAACCACAACCCCUGAAACAAGUACUCUUGUCAAUACAACUAACACCACAUUUCCUGACAUAAUUACACCUUUCCCUACAAGUCCUACUACUAAUACUAGUGAUGUGAUACCUGUACCAAGCACAACCCCUGAGACAAGUACUUUUGUCAAUACAACUAAUACCACAUUUCCUGACAUAACUACACCUUUCCCUACAAUUUCUCUUACUACUAACACAAGUGAUGUGAUGCCUGUACCAACCACAACCCCUGAAACAAGUACUCUUGUCAAUACAACUAACACCACAUUUCCUGACAUAACUGCACCUUUCCCUACAAGUCCUACUACUAACACUAGUGAUGUGAUACCUGUACCAAGCACAACCCCUGAGACAAGUACUUUUGUAAAUACAACUAAUACCACAUUUCCUGACAUAACUACACCUUUCCCUACAAGUCCUACUACUAACACUAGUGAUGUGAUGCCUGUAACAACCACAACCCCUGAGACAAAUACUGUUGUCAAUACAACUAAUAACACAUUUCCUGACAUAACUACACCUUUCCCUACAAUUCCUCCUACUACUAACACAAGUGAUGUAAUGCCUGUACCAACCACAAUCCCUGAGACAAGUACUCUUGUCAAUACAACUAGCACCAUAUUUCCUGACAUAACUACACCUUUCCCUACAAUUUCUCCUACUACUAACACAAGUGAUGUGAUGCCUGUACCAACCACAACCCCUGAAACAAGUACUCUUGUCAAUACAACUAACACCACAUUUCCUGACAUAAUUACACCUUUCCCUACAAGUCCUACUACUAAUACUAGUGAUGUGAUACCUGUACCAAGCACAACCCCUGAGACAAGUACUUUUGUCAAUAUAACUAAUACCACAUUUCCUGACAUAACUACACCUUUCCCUACAAUUUCUCCUACUACUAACACAAGUGAUGUGAUGCCUGUACCAACCACAACCCCUGAAACAAGUACUCUUGUCAAUACAACUAACACCACAUUUCCUGACAUAACUGCACCUUUCCCUACAAGUCCUACUACUAACACUAGUGAUGUGAUGCCUGUAACAACCACAACCCCUGAGACAAGUACUGUUGUCAAUACAACUAAUAACACAUUUCCUGACAUAACUACACCUUUCCCUACAAUUCCUCCUACUACUAACACAAGUGAUGUAAUGCCUGUACCAACCACAAUCCCUGAGACAAGUACUCUUGUCAAUACAACUAGCACCAUAUUUCCUGACAUAACUACACCUUUCCCUACAAGUCCUACUAGUAACACUAGUGAUGUGAUACCUGUACCAACCCCAACCCCUGAGACAAAUACUCUUGUCAAUACAACUAACACCACAUUUCCUGACAUAACUACACCUUUCUCUACAAGUCCUACUACUAACACUAGUGAUGUGAUACCUGUACCAGUCACAACCCCUGAGACAAGUACUCUUGUCAAUACAACUAACACCACAUUUCCUAACAUAACUACACCUUUCCCUACAAGUCCUACUACUAACACUAGUGAUGUGAUGCCUGUACCAACCAUAACCCCUGAGACAAGUACUCUUGUCAAUACAACUAACACCACAUUUGACACAACUACACCUUUCCCUACAAUUCCUAUUACUACUAACACUAGUGAUGUGAUGCCUGUCACAACCACAACCCCUGAGACAAGUACUGUUGACAAUACAACUAAUACCACAUUGCCUGGCAUAACUACACAUUUCCAUACAAAUUCUCCUACUGCUAACACUAGCAAUGUGUUUCCUGUCACAACCACAACUCCUCAAACAAGUACUGUUGACAAUACAACUAGCAACACAUUUCCUGGCUUAAACCUAUCUUUCCCUACAAGUCCUCCUACUAUUAACACUAGUGAUGUGAUGCCUGUCACAGCCACAGGUACCAAGACAACUACUGGUGACAACACAACUAAUACCACAAUCUUGAGUUAA